CUAAACGCGCGCCGCCGAGACGCAGCCGGGCUCUCAGAUGCUCCCUACGUCUUCCCAAAUGUGAUGGAGGCUCCUUUUCGCGCGCUGCCUCCCAGCCCUCUCAAAGUUGGUCCUCCCGUUCGAGCCUCUCGGCGUUCCAUUGGAAUGACUCCUGCCUCCCGGCCCCUUCUCCGGAAUGGAUUGCUCAGACUGCCGCCGGGGCUGUAACUGCGCAGGCGUGAGAGCAGCCAACCCGGAAGGCGGAAGAGCCGGGUCUGGACGCCAUUGGGAGGGCCGGGGGCGGAGGCUGUGUUAACCAAUGAUCUGACGGGGAAGGGAGGGGCGGGAUGAGGCCCGCAGUUGCUAAGCGCUACCGUAGUGGGAGGUGAUUUAAGAGAUGGGGUGAAGGGUGGUCCAGGGCCCUUACGUCACUGAUUCGAGCCCGCGGAAGUUAAGCAGUGGGGAGGCGGGCCUGGGACAGGAAGCAGGAAGGAGGGCGCAGGAAGUGGGGCCCGCAGCCAGGCGUCCUGUCGGUCCGUGGGUCUGUCGGUCCCGAGGGCAGUAUGGAGAAGCUGCGGCUCCUCAGUCUUCGCUACCAGGAGUACGUGACUCGUCACCCAGCCGCCACGGCCCAGCUGGAGACGGCAGUGCGGGGCCUCAGUUACCUCCUGGCAGGUCGCUUCGCGGAAUCGCAUGAGCUGUCAGAGUUGGUGUACUCUGCCUCCAACCUGCUUGUGCUGCUCAAUGACGGCAUCCUAAGGAAGGAGCUGCGAAAAAAGCUGCCCGUGUCGCUGUCCCAGCAGAAGCUGCUGACAUGGCUGAGUGUGCUGGAGUGUGUGGAGGUGUUCAUGGAGAUGGGGGCCGCCAAGGUGUGGGGCGAAGUGGGCCGUUGGCUCGUUAUCGCCCUCAUCCAGCUGGCCAAGGCUGUACUGCGGAUGUUCCUGCUGAUCUGGUUCAAGGCUGGCCUCCAGACCUCACCCCCCAUCGUCCCGCUGGACAGGGAGGCCCAGGCACAGCCCCCGGAUGGUGACAACAGCUCUGGCAGCCAGGAGCAGUCGUAUGUGGGAAAGCGGUCUAACCGAGUCCUGCGAACCCUCCAGAAUACCCCAUCCCUGCACUCAAGGCACUGGGGAGCCCCCCAGCAGCGGGAGGGAUGGAAGCAUCAGCACCAGGAGGAGCUGAGUGUCACCCCCACCCCACUGGGACUGCAGGAGACCAUCGCUGAGUCCUUGCAUAUUGCCCGGCCCCUGCUGCACUUGCUUAGUCUGGGCCUAUGGGGUCAGAGGUCGUGGGCACCCUGGCUCCUGUCUGGCGUCGUGGAUGUGACCAGCUUGAGUCUCCUGAGUGACAGGAAGAACCUGAAUCGGAGGGAGCAGCUGGAGUUGCGGCGGCGGACCAUCCAGCUGCUCUACUACCUGCUGCGCUCCCCGUUCUACGACCGCUUCUCUGAAGCCAGAAUCCUCUUCCUGCUCCAGCUGCUGGCCAACCACGUCCCGGGCAUUGGCCUGGUUGCGAGACCGCUCAUGGAUUACUUGCCCACUUGGCAGAAAAUUUAUUUCUACAGUUGGGGUUGACCGUCGUCCCGGGGGUGGGGCACAGGGAGGGGCAAGGUGGCAUGCUCCACUGUGGUGGGCAGGGCGUGUGUCGCCCCUUCAGUCCCCUGGGCCCCUCUCUCUUAAUAAAACUGACUUUGGCAGUGUCCAUGCCUAUGACCUCUCCGUGCUCACGCCCAGGGUGCCGGGCGCUCCUCCCUUGCCAGGCCUGGUGCACAGCCCCGGUCACCAGAGCUCCCCUGACGCCUGCCAGCUGUGACGACACCCUCUGGUGAUGGCGCCUCUGCAGCUGUGCCUCGUCACUGGAAGCUCCGCUAGGACUGGGACCCAUCUUCCUCAGCACAGAAAGCCGGGGUUGGCCCUCGUGGAGCAUGGGGUGCUCCUGCCGUGGCAACAGGGGGUAACUGCUGCUUCAUCGGUCCCGUGACUGAACCCAGGCCCUGGGUAGCCGCUGCUCCUCAGCUGGUGACUUGCGGCCGCAGCUGUGCUCUGCUCCUUCUGCAGGGCCUGUUGCUUUGGCCCGGGACUGCCUGCCAGACUCUCUUGGGUAGAGCCUGGUGAAUGGAGGGGGAGGUGGGGGUGCUGUGUGCCAUGGUACCUCAAGCCCUAAACCUAAGAGUAAAGGCUUUUCUCCCAUUGGGAAGGACUCCGGUAUCAGCCACCGUGAGGCCAACACCCAGGGGGUGAUGAAGGCUGUGGAGCCUGAGGGGCUCUGGGAGAAAACUGGUGCAGGUUUGGGGGGCAUAAGGUGAGCUAGCCCCCUUAUUCUCUGUGCCAGUUCCUCAGUGGCCAAGUCUGCCGAGAGCCAGGCAGGGGGGUGGGGCCUCACGAGGAGCUCAGACUGGCCACAGGCUGACCUUUCUCCCUGGUCUUCUCCCUCCUCAGCCCCUGCCCUGCACGCUCUGCUCUGAACAGGCCGCGCUCCUGCUGAGCUGCCAGCUUGGCGGCAGACCUAGUGAGUUGUGAGAAGGCACAGUCUACAGCAGCGCCCAUUGGGCCUCUCGCCUCCCAGGCUCCCAAGGGCCUCCCUGGUACUGCUUCCCCAGCGUGUCUAAGAAGCCCACCCAGGGCCUUGGCUGGGUGGUGGAGGUUCCGAAAGUUGGGGCGGCCACAGCUUCCGGUGAGUCUAGCACAUGCGGGGCACCUGCCCUGCUGCUGUGUUCCGGGUGUUCAGAAAGCGGGGCACCAUUGCUUCCCCCAGGCUCUCACUGGUCAGUGGAGGUGUGUGAAUCCAUGCAGUGCACUGGGCCUGGGAAAUAGGGAGUCGU